CAAUCAUUUUUUAAAAGGUUAAAAAAUUCAAGAUGGGUAGCCAUGAUAAUUUGCAACAGCAAAAAUGAUAUUAUAGCAUCCUGAAGAUUAUGCUGUGUCAUUAGCAUUUUCGGUCACAUGUGCAUGCAUGGAAUUUUGAGAUCACAUUAUUGGCACAGUCACAAAAUGGAUGCCAUGGAGUGGGAGUCUGCUGAUUCACAAAAUAGUUAUGGCCUUCAUUAUAACCUAUCACAAAACUUCCAUUUAACAGAUGGCAGGGUUUCCUUCCAAUCCGUGCAAAACCUCAGAAUGUUUCCUACUACCCUCACCUUACUUUUGUCUUUUUUGUCUGGGCAGCCAGGCAUUUGUUCAAAUAAGAUAGUGGGCUGCAUCUCUGUAUAAUCUAAGAAUACUUAAAAGUCUAUAUGUGGCCCAGAGAAAUUCUUAUACCUAAAGAUUUUGUUGGAAGUUGGUGAUUUGCUCCAUCAGAAUGAUAGUUCUUCUUUUCCUUUUCCUUUUAAUUUACAAAAUGUUUUGUUUGUAAGAAGAGCAGGAACACUGCAGGCAUUAAGGAACAUGCUAUGAAGACAGAGGUUCCCAUGGGCACCACAAUGUAUAAUCCAGAUAUAAACUUUAUGGAGUUAUAUCUAAAAAUCUGAAGUGUUGUUCUGAGCAUACUCAAGGGAAUACUUAAUGCAUCUUAUGAAGAUGAGCGUAAUCCAUAAAAACAUAGGCAUAAUCUUUAAGGCAGCACAAGACUCUGGGUUGUAGGUAGUAUUGUCCUAAACAGGAAAGUGCAAAAGAUAGCAUUGACUUUCUACUGGUUGCUCAACCUUUAGUGGAAUAACUACAAGCAAUAUAUAAUGUAAUCAUGUCAUAAUUGUGCAGGCAGGCUCAACAGUGGCUAUGGCAGUUGCACAAGGAUGAAAGUGGAACUGAGACACAUGAAAGAAACUUUGCCCUAAUGGAAUGAAACUAUGGGGUAUAACAUUUUGUUUAAAAAAAACAUGAUGUUAAUACAGAUCCAACUCCCACUCUUGUAGGAUGUUAGAAGCAUCCUGAUCAGGGAUCCUGGAUGCUAUGAAUAUCCUAUGCAAUAGCCUUUUUGUGCCCAUUUCAUUACUCAAGUGCUGAUUUUCAGAUAGUCAAUAAAAUCUAAAGAAUAAUAUUGUUUUGGCAGGUUUCAAAGGGAAAUCUAAGCCCAAUCUGUUGAAACAGGAGACUAGCAGUCUUGCCUGUGGGUUACGUAUACUGUUCCGUAUGUACAUGGAUGAAAGUCGCAAAGAUGCCUGGGAGGAAGUGCAGCGGCGAUUACUAAACGUCUGCAGGGAAGCUCUCAGCUACUUCCUUACUUUGACCUCAGAGAGUCACCGGGAAGCUUGGACUAGCCUGUUACUUUUAUUCUUAACAAAGGUUCUAAAGAUAAGUGAUGAUCGGUUCAAAGCCCAUGCAUCAUUCUACUAUCCUCUUUUGUGUGAAAUAAUGCAAUUUGAACUGAUUCCUGAGCUCCGGGCUGUUUUGCGAAGAUUUUUUCUACGGAUUGGAGUUGUUUUCCAAAUAUCUCAGCCAGCAGAUCAAGAAGAAGAUGUAGCCAAGCAGUAGAAACAUAGCUAAGGAAACAAAGAACCAAAUCAACUUGCACUGGAUAUUCAUAAUGAGGGUCUCUAUACAGCAGUGUGUGCAUCUACAGGUUCACAAUACAGAGUAAAGCUGUAACUUAGGCUUGCAAAACUUUAAUACUCCAGUGGAUUUUUCUUCCUCCCUUUCCUGGCUUAUGCUGAGCAUUGAGCCAGUUUUAAACAGUCUUAUUGUCAGCUUGGGCUGUGAUGUCUUCUUAUUCAGACAUACAUACGUAUAUACAUACAUAAGUGUAUGUGUGUGUGUAUGUUUAUGAUGGCUGUGAACUUAAGAUGUGUACCCAAAGAACUAACACUUAAAAAGUUUGAACUUCCAUAGGAGUACAACUCAGGAGAACUGUAUUUGAAAGAAAGGUUUGUACUAAGAGAAGAGAAAAAUAUUGGGCAAGGGAACAGAUCUAGCAACUGUGUGGAAUUCUUAUUCU